CGGCAGUUCGAAUCCACCAGCCGCUCCUUGGAAACCCCACGGGGCAGUUCUACUCUGUCCUGUAGGGUCACUAUGAGUCGGAAUCAACUCAACGUGAUGUACGUACAUUUCAGUGAUGUUCUGCAUAUAAAGUUUUCACAGCGGUGCCUGAUACAUGUUAAGUGCUCAACAAAUUUGAGCUGCUGCUGCUGGUGUUAGCAUCAUUAGGACCUGGAAUCCUGGUCUCUGGUGUGGACUUUAAAACCAGACAGACCUGGGUUCUACUCCUGGCUCUGCUUACACAAAUAACUUUGUGACCACAGACAAGUCAUUUAACCUGAGUCAUACUUCUUCAUCUGUAUAAUGGGGAUACACAAUAAUUCUUACCUCAGGCUGCUGUGAUUCUUAAAUGAGAUAAUAAACAUGUGUCUGACACAUAAUAAACACUUAAUAAAGUUUGGCUAUCAUUAUUAUUUCCUUAAGGUGCCCUGGGAAAUUAGAGUGGUUUUCAGUCAAAAGACUUAGUCCACUUGGGCUCCUGGAGAAUGGAAACACCGGAAGCCCGUGUUAGUUGGGGCUCCCAGGUUUGAGAAGGGCCUGCUGAACUGCUGAUGCCCCCAUGCCUUCCUUCCUCAGAGCACCCCAGAUGGGCACCCCAGCAUCUGUGGUGAGUGAGCCGCCCCUGUGGCAGGCCCCAACGGUGGCCUGGGGCCGCAAGCAGGCCGCAGCCAACAUCUUCCAGGAUGCCGAGCUGCUGCAGAUCCAGGGUCUGUUUCAGCGUAGUGGGGACCAGUUGGCUGAGGAACGGGCACAGAUUAUCUGGGAGUGUGCAGGGGACCAUCGUGUGGCGAAGGCCUUAAGACAGCUGCGCAGGAAGAAGACCCCACAGCAGAAGCCCCUGUGCUACUCACUCCAUCAUUGCAGCCGGCUCAGAGUCCCAGAGCCCCGCUCUCCACUGGUCAACCCACAGAGUAGUGCUGCAGAGACAGCCACCAGCGAGCAGUAUCUGAACUCUAGGAGGGCAAGUGCCAGGAUCCGCCGGAACUGGAGGAAACCAAGCCCUACAAGCUACCUCCACCAGAUCAGACACUGAUCCAUGGAAGGGGCCGAGAAUGGCAGUAUCUUCCCCAGGAACCACAAGGACUUCUCCCAAAAGGCCUGGGGAGUGGAGAAGGAAGAGAGACUUGAGGCAGUUGGCUCACAUGAGUCAACGAAAGGAAGAGACUGCUGCCACUGCUCUGCUCAAUUCAGAACAGGACUGGAGGCCUGUUGCAUUGGACCCAUUCCUCAGCAGACUGAGAAGAAACCCAACAGCUCUGCCUCAGCCCUCCCAUUCUUAACAUUAUACCUGGGCUGCAUGAUAUUCCCCUGGGAGGCAUGUGGCCAGCACGCUGACUCAGCAUAUCACUCCUACUACUAAUCCUCCUGCUACUGUAACCCAUGAUCCAGCAGCCCAUCCCACACACCUGCCCCUUGUCAGAUCAGCACAAGGACACUGUGGUGCAAGUACCAAAUAAAAACAUUCGCAUCAAGAACUAUGUGUCUAUCUCACAGAAAGGGGAGGCUUCUGAAACGGAGACUCUGGAGCCAGGGGAAGAAGUGCUCCCAGGAAGAAAACGGGGCUGGCCUCUGCUUCUCAUUGCCCAGCCUCACAAGCAGCUGGCUGCAGCCUCCUUUCACAGAGGCCACCAGAUUGGGAGGGGAGGUAGGCAGCCCUGAUCCACAGGAGCAGAUAGGGUUCUUGGUGCCUCAGCUUCAGAAAGGGGAAGGCUAUUCCGGUCAGCCCUGUGGUGGGCAGUGGGUUCUUGGGUUGGAAGAGUGCAGUCAAACCCUUCAACUCCAUGGGCCCACCAACCAUCCUGAGGUCAGGCAACAACCAGACCUACCAUUCUUGAGCCUCCUGCACUAUCCUAGGGUUCCCACGGCCUGGAAGGGCUUCACGUGAGGAUUUUUUACUGCUAUCCUGGAUUCACUUCAAAAGAAAGAUAUUCAUUAGCAUUCAGUUCUCCUCUCCACCCCACCCCCAUCCUAUCUGCUUGAUUAUCUGUCACUCAAGAGCCAGGAUCCAAAAUGCUCCUAGUGGGGCAAUGAGGCACAUGCAGGGCAGGGCUGCCCUCUUGUGGCCAAGAAGAGAAGCUACUAUCUCCUCUAAUUACAGGUCCAUACUCCGUAUCCUACAUCCUUCGGGCUAGAUGAUUUUGGAAUUCAGAAGUGUUUUUACUUCGAGGAAGUAGUCAAUGUAUAUACUGUAUAAUCCUCAGUAGGGGAACAUCUCAUAACCAAAUAUGGUAACAUUUAUGCAACAAAUAUUCACCCUGAGAGGGACACAAUGAUUAUAAAUAGCUUCCCAUCAUUAGUCAGGCACAGUGGUUAAGAGCUAAUGGCUGCUAAUCAAAAGGUCGGCAGUUCAAAUCCACCAGCUGCUCCUCGGAAACCCAAUGAGGCAGUUCUACUCUGUCCUACAUAAGUUGGAAUCAGCUUCAUGGCAACAGGUUUGGGGUUUUUUUUUGGUUUUAAGGUCAGGUUUGGGCGUCGAAUUAAGAAAAUACUUUUCAUUUUCCAGGGCAGGACUCUGAAAUUGAGGACCUGUAUUUCGCCCUAAAAAAGCCCUGGUGGUGCAAAUAGUUAAAUGCUCGGCUGCUAACCAAAAGGUUGGUGGCAAUCUGCUCCCGUAAAGAUUACAGCCUAGGAAACCCUAUGGGGCAGUUCUACUCUGUCAUAUAGGGUCCCUAUGGAGUCGGACUUGACUGGAUGGCACACAACAUUUCCCCCUAAGCCUCAGGAGCCAUAUCUCAGCAACUCCAUAGAAAGCACAGGCUUCUUUUGUCCUUAAAAGUGCAUUCAACCCUUUGUCUCCCUUCCCUCGAAGAAAACUGGACAAAAUAAUAUCAGAAAUUGGGUUUGUUAUUCAUACAUCUGCAUUGAUUUAAAUACAUUACAAUUUCUACAGUGCAUUAGAAGAACAAUACAGGAUCAGCAGCACUCACAGCCCAGCCUCCACUCCCUGACACCGGGGGACA